AUGACAUUCAAGAUUUUGGAAGAACUAAUUAUUGAUAAAAACGUAGAUAAAUAUGCAAUGAAGGGUAUCAUAAUGAAGAAUAAUGAUCGAAGAGAAGAUGAAUUUGUAAAUGUUAGGUGUGUUAAAGGUAAAAUGAAAGAUAAAAAUAUACUUGAUGUAUUUUAUGGAAAUGGUGAUGAAAAAAAUCAAAGAAAUUUGUGA